AUGGCGCCCCACCCCAUCAGGCUCCGGACGGCGCGCCUCGCCGGGCGGCACAUUGCCUUGUGGGCAGUGUUGAAAUGGGCCUCCGGCGAGCCGGGGACAACAGGCCCCUCGAAGGGCACCAUGAGCCAGCGCAGGAGCGGGUACCCGUUCCCAUCCGCGACCAGGAAUGGGAUCAUACCACCAUCAUUCGCUCGCCCGGUGGCCCUCCGGUCUCCCCCGUCCUCUCACCUCACCACUUGGAGGGUUGGAAAGGUUGCUACAGGGCUCCACCGGGCACGGGAGCCAAUCGGGACAGGAAGGGAUUUGUCAAAGCUCCACUAG